CACAAUAUCAUCACUUACUAUUCUUCUCUAUGAGAUACGCGAUCCCCUUCCGUUCACUAUAAUGUCACACCACCGCUGCGUCAUUCACUCUACGUUCGUUCUGGAACGUUGGUAAUAUAAAUUUCCAGUGGCUGUUCGGGUGACCAUUAAUUGUCUCGUUCACGUCUCAGCACACGGUCCGUUUAUCGUAGAAGAAGUACAAGAUAGUGUCUCGUUAAACCAGAUACGAUGUAAACCGACGUUAUUUUGCAACCAAAAAAAACCAAAUAUCGUCAACAUACGGAUCAAACGUAGCUCGGCACAUUUUAUAAAAUUUGUUCUGUUCGAAUCAUGCAACCUGCAGACAGAUCGCAUAUGGCGUUCCGGGUAGCAUUGGCUACGUUAUUACUCACCAACGUCGCAUACACGUCAAAAAAACAAAAGCGUCAGUUAUUCCAUGAAAACUUGUUGCCAUACUUUGGAGGUAAAAUACCUGAGUCUGCAUUCCAAGCAGACCGCUUAGCAUUAAAUAUGUUGAACAAAGAAGGGAUAUCUGUACCCGAUGGUAUUUUGUUUGAAGCUCGGCCAAAAGAAUCGUUCCACCAAAGUCCUCGGAAUGAUCCAGAAUUAUCCAACUCAAUACUCAAAAUGAUCCACACGCCAGACAACAGGUUUAUUCCUUCGGAAGGAAAGUAUGAUGCCAAUAGCGAAGUGGAGACAACAUAUAAGAUCUCAAUACCCACAUAUAUGCAAAAUUACCAACUACCAAAGUUUAGGCCGAUAACAGAAACACUUCAACUUCCAGUUCGGCAAGUAUUCGAGAACGGAUUGCCAAUCAGUAACUUAAGGGGGCAACUAGGAGUUCCCUUCAACACUAUACCAAAGGGUUUGAAAUUACUUGAUACCCGCAGGCCAUUUAUUAGCUUAUCAAAUAAUGCUAAUAAAAUAAUGGAUUUUCAACAAAAUGAUAACAUUAUACCGAUGGCGAGUGUUGAGUGUGGUAGACCGGGGAGAAUAUAUCCAGAUCCAGAAACACAGUGUCAGGCUUUUCACUUAUGUCAUUACAAUGGAUUCAAAGAAACAUUUGUUUGUCCAAAAGGAACUAGAUAUGAUCCAUCGGUACAAGAAUGUCGAUUUUGGUACACAACUCAUUGUUCAGACAUGCGCAAACCAUUUAAUUAGAUAUUAUGUUAAUAAUAAUAAAAUUAUUAACAUUUUUAUCAUAGUAAGUAAUUAUUGAAAUUUUGAUUACCUUAACUAAGUAAACCUUGUAUCUUUUAAUAAAAUUUAUAUGAUAAAAUAAUAAACAAAAUAAUAUUAUAAUAUAAUAUUUUGUUGAUCAAAGAACUGUAUAAUACAUAAUAUAUUUGUGAUUUUUUUUUUUUUUUUGGUUUUAAAACGUUCGAGAACAUUAUUUUAUAUGUGUUUCUAAAGCAUCUUCAGUGGGCGACUUCUCACUUGAUUCAAGUUUUUUUUCAAAUGUUUUACUGUUUUGUAAACAUUACUUUACGCUUAUUAUACAUAAUUUGUAUAGAUAUAUUCACAAAAUACAUUUAAAAAUAUGUGUAGCUACAUGAUAAAUCAAAAUACAAUUGUAUAAACUUAAGUGUGUUAUAUUUAUACUAAAACAAUGUGAUUUUUUCGGGACUAUUAAUUAAUGUGUUUUCUUUAAUUUAUUUUUUCUAUUAUUUUUCUAAGAAUCUUCUUCAAAUAAUUUUGAUUGAAAAUAAAAUCAUAGUCAUAAAUUUCCAAUUAUUUACUUAUACAUUAAAAUAAAAAUAAAUUAUAAGAAUAGACUAUUUCUUACAAAUUUAUAAAUUAUAUUUUUUUCAAAUCUUAAUCGCCGAAUACUAAGGUUUUUUUGCUUUCAUAUAUUUUAAAACUAUUUAGUUAAUUUUGUAAAAUUAUAGUGAUAGAAAUUGAAAAUCACUCACAAGCACUCUUUGUUGUGAGUUUGAAUCUAUUUUCAUAAACAUUAUCAUUUGAUUAUAUCAAUUAGUAUGUUGGAAAAAUGAUAUGACUAUUAUACAAUUCUCACGUUGCCAUAAUUAUUUCAAAAAGUUGGCAGAUAUAAUGAUGAUUACUAAAUUAAAUACAUUAUUUUUUUUUUUUUGUUUGUUUGUAAAACUCAUUAUGUAUAAUCUUAUUUAAAAACCAAAUUAUGUAAUAUAUUAUUAAUUUAAAUAGGUACUUAAUAUUUACUUUUACAAAUUAUUAUGUCGUAAAAUACGAUAAGUUUCAA